GCGUGUACCAAAUCCUCAAAGGGCUUUUCCCCCGGAGUGGCCAGACCGGGGGACUCAGGAUGGCAGAGCUAGUAGGAGUAACUAACGGGACAUGCGGACGGGCUGAUUUCUUCUAAUAUUUCAAGUGCUGUUGGUGUCGGAGCGAGGCGUCGCCAUGCCGCUGGUGAAGAGGAACAUCGAGCCGCGUCACCUCUGCCGAGGGGAGCUCCCCGAGGGCAUCGGCAGCGAGCUGGAGUGUGUGAUGAACAACACGCUCUCUGCCAUCAUCCGCCAGCUCAGCAGCCUGAGUAAGCAUGCGGAGGACAUAUUUGGCGAACUCUUUAAGGAGGCCAACACUUUCUAUCUGCGUGCCAACUCCCUCCAGGACCGCAUUGACCGGCUGGCGGUAAAAGUCACGCAGCUGGACUCCACCGUGGAGGAAGUUUCCCUGCAAGAUAUCAACAUGAGGAAGGCCUUCAAGAGCUCCACCGUGCAGGACCAGCAGGUGGUGUCCAAGAGCAGCGUCCCCAAUCCUGUCAAAGACAUGUACAACCUGAGCGACAAGCCUCCGCCUCUCAGCAUCCUUUCGUCUUACAGGGACGACCACAAGGAAGCGCUCAAGUUCUACACCGACCCCUCCUACUUCUUUGACCUGUGGAAAGAAAAGAUGCUGCAGGACACAGAGGACAAGAGGAAAGAGAAGAGGAAGCAGAAGGAGCAGAGGCGUUGUGUGGAUGGGACGUUACAGAGAGAGGUCAAGAAGGUCCGCAAGGCGAGGAACCGUCGACAGGAGUGGAAUAUGAUGGCUUUGGAUAAGGAGCUGAGGCCAGACCAUCGACACACCAUACACCGAGACAGAGGAGCGUCCUCUGAGGGCUCAAUGUCUCCAGAGAACAGGGGCCACGGUAUGGAUCCACACCACUACCCCAACAGCAUGAACCACGCCGGCCACGCCCACACCUACUCGGGCCCUCCGCCCAGCGUCCUGGCCGCACAGAUGGCAGCGGGACACGCCCCUCGUGGAGGCAGCGAACAUGACAGCAGAGGCAGGACGAUGAUGGCCUAUCAGGGUGGGACGCUGGGCCGCACGCACCACCACCACCAGGUCCCGCUGCCUCCUCCACCCGCUGAGGCUAUGAACGGAGGCUCCAUGUCCCUCCCACCAGUGGACUACAGUAUGGAUGGUUACGCCAACACCGGUCCUCCUCCUCCACCUCCCGCUCCUCUCAUCCCCUCCGCCCUGACGGCCUUCGCCUCGCCACCUGGAGGUCCGAUGCCCGGGUCGAUGGGUGGCGCUGGCGGCUACGCCCCGCCCCCUCCACCUCUAUCCGGAGCCCAGGCAGCUCCGCCUCCUCCCGGUCCUCCUCCUCCUCCUGUUCCAGCCGGUGCCUCCCACUUCACAAGUCACAAGAUGUCGUCCGCUGCGCCCGCCGAGGCCGCGGUGGUCAACGACGCCCGCAGCGAUCUGCUGGCUGCUAUACGUAUGGGCAUCCAGCUGAAGAAGGUGCAGGAGCAGCAGGAGCAGCAGGCUAAGAGGGAGCCGGUCGGAAACGACGUGGCCACCAUCCUGUCGAGACGCAUCGCCGUGGAGUACUCCGACUCCGAGGACGACUCGGAGUUGGAGGAGAACGAUUGGUCGGAUUAGCACACGCGUAAAACAUAUACAUAUAUAUAUAUAUAUAUAUAUAUGUGUAAUAAGAUAACCACUGAAAACACACAAACACGCUAUGAGCAGUUGAUGUGACACUCACCUGAAGGAAUGCCCACUGUGCCACAGUUAACGGGUCGUCACAGACUUGAAGAUGCACACGCAUUACAUCUGCACACAAUCACAUGCUGUAUGUUGAUAUAAGCUGAAUGGUCCAAAACUGGAAACGUGGAGGGGGGGGGUGUAUUCAGUAUGAGUCCAGUCCAUAUACUGCAACGCUGACCACUCAUUAAUUUUAUUUCAAAGCGUUGCAAAUACACCCCCAAGUGGAUGUUCCUCUACCUGUAAUAACACUAUAGACGCCCCGUGAAGGUGCUUAUCUAAUGUAUAGUCGAAGCUUGGGAGUGUUAGAAUUAUUAGAAACUUUCCUCUUGAGCUAACCAACGUACUUGUCUUUUUUUAAAUGUUUUUACUGAAACGCCCGCCGCAGAUCACGAGGGGCGGGUUUUUAACGCGUAGCUAACC